UUUGGGGUACACCCCUCUCGGGGUCGGGGUCCCGACGCUGUGGGGAGGAGGAGGCCCCGGAGUCUCGGCCCACGGUCGACAAAAAGGGCACCGGCCGCUGCCCGCCGCCAUGGGGCUGAAGGCCGCCCAGAAGACACUCUUCCCCUUGCGUUCCAUCGACGACGUGGUGCGGCUCUUCGCGGCCGAGCUGGGCCGAGAGGAACCGGACCUGGUCCUCCUGUCCUUGGUGCUGGGCUUCGUGGAGCACUUCCUGGCUGUCAACCGGGUCAUCCCCACCAACGUGCCCGAGCUCACCUUCCAGCCCAGCCCCGCGCCCGACCCCCCCGGCGGCCUCACCUACUUCCCGGUUGCCGACCUGUCCAUCAUCGCCGCCCUGUACGCCCGCUUCACCGCCCAGAUCCGCGGCGCCGUCGACCUGUCCCUCUACCCCCGGGAGGGCGGCGUCUCCAGCCGCGAGCUGGUCAAGAAGGUCUCCGACGUCAUCUGGAACAGCCUGAGCCGGUCCUACUUCAAAGACCGGGCCCACAUCCAGUCCCUCUUCAGCUUCAUUACAGGCACCAAACUGGACAGCUCUGGGGUGGCCUUUGCGGUGGUCGGGGCUUGUCAAGCCCUGGGCCUCCGUGAUGUCCACCUAGCCCUGUCAGAGGACCACGCCUGGGUUGUGUUUGGACCCAAUGGGGAGCAGACAGCCGAAGUCACCUGGCAUGGCAAGGGCAAUGAGGACCGCAGGGGCCAGACGGUCAACGUGGGCGUAGCCGAGCGGAGCUGGCUGUACUUGAAAGGUUCCUAUAUGCGCUGUGACCGCAAGAUGGAGGUGGCGUUCAUGGUGUGCGCCAUCAACCCGUCCAUCGACCUGCACACAGACUCCCUGGAGCUGCUGCAGCUGCAGCAGAAACUGCUCUGGCUGCUCUAUGACUUGGGACACCUGGAAAGGUAUCCCAUGGCGCUGGGGAACCUGGCUGACCUGGAGGAGCUGGAACCCACCCCUGGCCGACCAGACCCACUCACCCUCUACCACAAGGGCAUCGCCUCAGCCAAGGCCUACUACCGGGAUGAGCACAUCUACCCCUACAUGUACCUGGCUGGCUACCAUUGCCGCAACCGUAAUGUGCGGGAGGCCCUGCAGGCCUGGGCGGACACGGCCACCGUCAUCCAAGACUACAACUACUGCCGGGAGGACGAGGAGAUCUACAAGGAGUUCUUCGAGGUGGCCAAUGACGUCAUUCCCAACUUGCUGAAGGAGGCGGCCAGCCUGCUGGAGGCUGGCGAGGAGCGUCCCGGGGAGCAGACGCAGGGCACCCAGGGUCAGGGCUCCGCGCUCCAGGACCCCGAGUGUUUCGCCCAUCUGCUGCGCUUCUACGAUGGCAUCUGCAAGUGGGAGGAGGGCAGCCCCACGCCCGUGCUGCACGUGGGCUGGGCCACCUUCCUUGUACAGUCUCUGGGCCGCUUUGAGGGGCAGGUGCGGCAGAAGGUGCGAAUCGUCAGCCGGGAGGCGGAGGCGGCCGAGGCCGAGGAGCCUUGGGGAGAGGAGGCCCGCGAAGGCCGGCGGCGCGGGCCGCGGCGGGAAUCCAAGCCCGAGGAGCCGCCGCCGCCCAAGAAGCUGGCGCUGGACAAGGCCCCAGGCGCAGGGCAGGGCGCGGUGCCGGGACCGCCCCGCAGGCCCCCAGUGGCCGGACCGGCCACGGCCCGCGAGGCUGGCAGUGCGGCCCAGGCGCCCGCGCCGGCUGCGUCCCCGCCGGCCCGCGACACCGCCACCUCCGAACUGGCCGCCGUGAAGAUAGUUAAGCUAGACCCAGGGGACGACAUCAGCUCCCUGCAGCAGGAAAUCACCAUUCUGCGGGAGUGCCGCCACCCCAACGUGGUGGCCUACAUCGGCAGCUACCUCAGAAAUGACCGCUUGUGGAUCUGCAUGGAGUUCUGCGGAGGGGGGUCCCUGCAGGAGAUUUACCACGCCACAGGGCCCCUGGAGGAAAAGCAGAUUGCCUAUGUCUGCCGGGAGGCAUUGAAGGGGUUACACCACUUGCAUUCUCAGGGGAAGAUUCACAGAGACAUCAAGGGAGCUAAUCUCCUCCUCACCCUCCAGGGCGAUGUCAAGCUGGCUGACUUUGGGGUCUCUGGGGAGCUGACGGCGUCGGUGGCUAAGAGACGGUCUUUCAUCGGGACUCCGUACUGGAUGGCCCCCGAGGUGGCGGCUGUAGAGCGCAAAGGUGGCUACAACGAACUGUGUGACGUCUGGGCCUUGGGCAUCACUGCCAUGGAGCUGGGCGAGCUGCAGCCCCCGCUGUUCCACCUGCACCCCAUGAGGGCCCUGAUGCUCAUGUCCAAGAGCAACUUCCAGCCCCCCAAGUUGAGGGACAAAACUCGCUGGACCCAGAAUUUCCACCACUUCCUCAAGCUGGCACUGACCAAGAACCCUAAGAAGAGGCCAACUGCAGAGAAGCUCCUGCAGCACCCCUUCACAACCCAGCAGCUCCCCCGGGCUCUCCUCACCCAGCUGCUGGACAAGGCCACUGACCCCCACCUGAGCGCACCCUCCCCGGAAGACUGCGACCUGGAGACGUACGACCUGUUUCCUGAUACCAUCCACUCCCGUGGGCAGCACGGCCCGGCCGAGAGGACCCCCUCAGAGAUACAGUUUCACCAGGUGAAGUUUGGCGCCCCCCGCAGGAAGGAAACGGACCCACUGAACGAGCCGUGGGAGGAGGAGUGGACGCUGCUGGGAAAGGAGGAGCUGAGUGGGAGCCUACUGCAGUCUGUCCAGGAAGCCCUGGAAGAGAGGAGCCUGACCAUCCGGCCAGCUGUGGAAGUCCAGAUGCCGGAUUCUCCAGACGAAGCCAUGGGAACCAUUAAGCGUGCCCCGUGCUUGGGGCCACCUCACCUCGAGUCUCCAGCUGAGGACUCUCGUGCUGGUCCUCCAGGGACCCUGCCCCUACCUCCACCUGACCCUGACAGUCCCCCGCUGCUUCCCACCACCUGGGCUACCAUGAAGCACCGGGUGGAUCCUGAGAGACCCUCCUGCCACGGGCUCCCCCCAACCCCCAAGGUGCACAUGGGCGCCUGCUUCUCCAAGGUCUUCAAUGGCUGCCCCCUGCGGAUCCAUGCUGCUGUCACCUGGAUUCACCCCAUCACCCGGGACCAGUUCCUGGUGGUGGGGGCAGAGGAAGGCAUCUACACGCUCAACCUGCAUGAGUUGCAUGAGGACACCCUGGAGAAGCUGAUCGCGCCCCGCUGCACCUGGCUCUACUGCGUCAACAACGUGCUGCUCUCGCUGUCAGGGAAAUCCACUCACAUCUGGGCCCACGACCUCCCGGGCCUGUUUGAGCAGCGGCGUCUGCAGCGGCAGGUUCCCCUCUCCAUCCCCACCAACCGCCUCACCCAGCGGAUCAUCCCCAGGCGCUUUGCCCUGUCCACCAAGAUCCCUGACACCAAAGGCUGCCUGCAGUGCCGUGUGGUGCGGAACCCGUACACUGGCAGCACCUUCCUGCUGGCCGCCCUGCCUGCCAGCCUGCUCCUGCUGCAGUGGUACGAGCCCCUGCAGAAGUUCCUGCUGCUCAAGAACUUCUCCAGCCCCCUACCCAGCCCAGCGGGAAUGCUGGAGCCGCUGGUGCUGGACGGGAAGGAGCUGCCGCAGGUGUGCGUGGGCGCCGAGGGCCCCGAGGGGCCCGGCUGCCGAGUCCUGUUCCACAUCCUGCCCCUGGAGGCCGGCCUGACGCCCGACAGCCUCGUCCCACCUGAGGGGAUCCCAGGCUCUGCCCAGCAGGUGAUUCAGGUGGACAGGGACACCGUCCUGGUCAGCUUUGACCGCUGCGUGAGGAUAGUCGAUCUGCAGGGCGAGUCCACAGCCACCCUGGCGCCGGAGCUGACUUUUGACUUCCCCAUCGAGACUGUGGUGUGUCUGCAGGACAGCCUGCUGGCCUUCUGGAGGCACGGGAUGCAGGGCCGCAGCCUGGACACCAACCAAGUGACCCAGGAGAUCACAGAUGAGACCAGGAUCUUCCGAGUGCUUGGUGCCCACAGGGACAUCAUCCUGGAGAGCAUCCCCACGGACAACCCAGGCGCGCACAGCAACCUCUACAUCCUCACGGGCCACCAGAGCAGCUACUGACGGAGCUGGCGGAAGGGCGGAUGGAGGCCCAGGAUUUGGGGCCUGGGCAGGGGGCGCCCACCCCACACCUCUGCAAUAACUGGACCUGAUGAAGCUGCUGUCACCCCUCCCCGCCCCACCCUCCAGGCAGCCAGUCCCCAGGGGCCCGGGGCAGGGGGUUCUGAAUGGGGGGGGAGACACCUGGGUGACCCAUUCCAUGUCUCCCACACUCCCUUUCCUUCGUUUUUUUGCCAAGAGCCUGCCCCUCCCAGCUGCCCCGGGGCAGGCAGUAUUUAAGAGAGAGGACUAUAUUGGUAUUAAAACUGGUUUGAUUUUA